UUUUGAGUAACAAAACAUUAAUUUAUGUUUCCCCCUGAAAAAAAGCAGUCUGAGAAAUCUGGGACGCCACCAAUGGAAAACUUCAAGCACAUAGCAAUCUAUCACUAUGAUAUUGAUAAUGAAAAAGAGGAAGUAGUGGAAGUGGUAGAAAAAGUACAUGAUAGACUGGACCGUUCAGCAGACUCUGCUCCUACAGAAAAAAAUCCAGUAUUUGGUAAUCCUAAGAAGACAUAUGUUCCUACAAGAAAGGAUGAUGAUACAGGAACUGAAGUAAAGAAUAAGAUGGAAAACAUUGGAGCUAAUGUUAGCAAUGCUGUUACUGAAAAGAAAAAAAGAAUGGAGUCAUAUAUUAAAGGUGUUGUCAAAGACUGUAACAAGAAUAUCAAACAACAUUUGAAAUUUCAUGAAGAUGAACUGCGGGAGUUUAAAAUUGAAAUUACUGAGAAGAUUAUAACUGUGUUUCCGCAAUGGGAUUUGGAUAUAAAGCAUCUUGGAGACCAAGAAGAUAAAAUAACUGACAUUUUUUAUCAGCAAAAGAACAUUUUUGAACAAACUAAGAUGUGUCAGAAUCAAGGCCUGAAAAGACUGAAGCGGGAAAAUAAGGCGUUCCUAAAGGCUUUGAAGGACUUGGAGAACGGCGAUCUACUUACUAGUGUACGCAGUGAAAUUAAAAAUCAAAUGUCUUUGUUGCAAAAAAAAAUUACAGAUAGUUAAACACUGAGUUGUAAUAACAUGGAAUAGCAGAAGUACCAACAUACUUUGUUUUCCUUAAAUAUGACACUUAACAAAUGUUAUUCUGAUGAGUCUUGAGAAAAACUUGAACUUGAGUAAUGUAAUCUGUGUUAACGUAGAAACGUGUCUUUCAAAUUUGAAUAUAUUUUAUACCAUCUUUAAUUAUUAGCUUUUUUAAAGUGUGGCACCUCUAUUCCUGUUGGCUUCCAAAUAAAAUCUAAACAGUUAUGUGACCUGUAGCCAUUCCUGUGAA